AUGCGCUACCAUCUUCUCGGCUACGUGAUGGUGCGCGGCUACGACGGAAGCCAAUCGUUCACUUAUAAUGGGGAGGAAGUGCCUCCCAGAACGCCUAUAAUCCACGUUGACGACGAGCAGCACCAGUCUCUGAUCAAGGAGGAAACGUCCUGUGGUCGGAGCAGCACUGGCAUGCAGCGAGGACGACUCAGUCAAUGGGACGUUUUAGGGGAGAGCGCCGAGGCCAAGGGGAUCUUGCAACGCUACUUGCACCCAGAUGUGGAGGCAGCGAUUUUGAACAAGAACAUUCACGACAGUUGGCAGAUGCUUUGUGCACUGUACGACAACCGCAGCAGCCCCGGAGCUCAUGACGUGUACGAGAUGCACCGCGUGCUCCAUCACAUCCGACUUGGCGACAAGAAGGCCGAACCCGUGAGGGAGUUUAUCACGCGGUGGGAGAUGCUCGUGCAGCAAUAUGCGUUGGCGACGGGGAUCGAGCUGACCGACGCCUUUCGCUCCGUAUCACUGAUACAGACAUUUCCUAGUGCGUGGCGGCCCAUGGUGGCGUCGUGGAGGGGUAUGAAGCCGUUUGUGCCGUAUGCGGAACUCGUCGAAAAAGUGGUUGCAACACGGGAACGAAUGCAAGCACAGCCAGAAGCGGCAAGUCCAACAGAACAGCGCAUGGCAGAGCCGGCGAGAACUACUAAUAAAGCGACGGACCCAAACAACCCAGUCCUGCCGCCUAUUGAUGUGACCACUGGACCAGACAACACUGUCGACUUGACAAGUGGGGAAAGAGGAUACGUCAAGUACUCGUCUCAUUGCCGCUUCGAGAAAUCCCCACGCAAGCCACGCAAUAGGUACGAGAAGAAAUAUGAUAGCUACGAUCGCUUCGACAACCCGGGCCCCGUCUCGUGCUUCUACUGCCUGAAAGUGGGGCACCAUAUGAAGCGCUGUUGGUACUUGAAAUCCGACAUUGAAAACAGCUCGACCCACGACCUGCGCAAAAAAUUUUCAUGCGCUGUGACGAUUGACCGAUCUCAGUACAUGGUGCACUGCCUCGAAGCGUAUAUAGAUGAGGUAAACCGGGAGCGCGCAGCGUAUGGGGCUUCGACAUCAAAGUCAACGACGCACGGCGACUACAAUGUCUCCGAGAGUGUUGGGCGCAAAUACCGCCCGCAAGAACAGGAGAUCGUGCCGCCGCCGCCCCCAGGUCAACCGCCAGCUUACGCAUUUCGAGAUCAACAGCAGCAAGCUUCGAGUGCAACAGCAACGAUCGGCCACCGCAAGCGCUCUCUGAGCGCUAUCCAGGCCACCGAGGGCCGCAUGUCGUCGCGUGACCCGCGCUUAAAUCGAUCCAACAGCGUCUACAGAUCCACGGACGUCACCGAGGACUUUUCACCGCGGAAACGAGGUCGUGGGCCGUCGUUCGAGCGGCAACUUCAAGCCUUUUACCGAGUCACACGCGACUGUGAUUUCUCAGAAUAA